AUGAAGCUUUGUGACAGCAGGCUGCACAUCAAUGAAAUUAGGCAGCAAGGAAGAGAGGGGUAACGGGGUCACGGGAGCGAAGCAGAAGGACUGAAAAGGCAACAUGGCACGGUGGCCCCUUUCUGGAUUCCUCGCCGUCCUGGCCGGGCUCCUGCUCUCCUUGCAGAGGUCCCUGACGAAUGAGAUUCUAGGACUGAAGAUACCGCCAGAACCGGUACUUAAUGCCAACACCGUGUGCUUGACGUUACCAGGACUGACCCGGCGCCAGAUGGAAGUCUGCAUGCGGAACCCCGACGUAGCAGCCUCGGCCAUCCAGGGGAUCCAGAUUGCCAUCCAUGAGUGCCAGCACCAGUUCAGGGAACACCGCUGGAACUGCUCCAGUCUGGAAACCAAGAACAAGAUCCCGUAUGAGAGUGCGGUGUUCAGCAGAGGAUUCAGGGAGAGCGCCUACGCCUACGCCAUUGCCGCAGCUGGAGUGGUCCACGCAGUGUCCAACGCUUGUGCCAUGGGCAAGCUGAAGUCAUGCAGUUGUGAUGAGAAGAGGAGAGGGGAUGAAGAUGCAUUCAGGGCUAAGCUGCACAGGCUGCAGAUGGAAGCUAUGAAUCGUGGCAAGGGGAUGGUUCACGGUGUAAUGGAGAAUAUGCCAGCUGAGGCCCCGGGGCCACAGGACUCCUGGGAAUGGGGAGGCUGCAGCCCCGAUGUGGAAUACGGGGAGAAGUUUUCCAAAGAGUUAUUAGAUUCCCGGUAACUUUACAGGGACAUACAUGCCCGCAUGAGGCUUCAUAAUAACAGAGUGGGAAGGCAGGUUGUGAUGGACAACAUGAAACGGAAAUGCAAAUGCCACGGCACAUCAGGAAGCUGCCAGCUCAAGACCUGUUGGCAGGUCACCCCUGAGUUUCGAACGAUUGGCUCUGUGCUGAAGGACAGGUUCACGGUGGCCACCCUCAUAAGGCCCCACAACAGAAACAAUGGACAGCUGGGCCAGCUGGAGCAGACUCAGGUCCCGUAUAGGAGACGGGCCAGCUUUAAUGACUUGGUGUAUUUUGAGAAGUCCCCCGACUUCUGCGAGCAGGAGCUGCAUUUGGACUCAGCGGGGACUCAGGGGAGGAUUUGCAACAAAACCAGCCCGGGAAUGGACAACUGCGAGAGCCUGUGCUGCGGCCGCGGGCACAACAUCCUGCGGCAGACACGCAGCGAACGCUGCAACUGCAAAUUCCACUGGUGCUGCUAUGUGGUGUGCGAGGAGUGCCGCAUCACGGAGUGGGUGAGCGUCUGCAAAUAAAGAAAG